UCAGCAGCCAGUCAAGACAGCAGGAUAACAACACAUCAGAGAUCAUUUUUCAAGAACUGGAUUUAAAAGGGACAAUAAAUGAAUGCAACGAGUUGGAUUAAACUCUAAAUACCUGUGUGUACCUCGAGGGUAAAGGACAAUAUUCGGAUAUUAUCUCUGUGGUUUGUUUUUGGAAGAAAACCCUGAGGUGGAGCUGCACUGGAAUCGUCUUGACUUGCAGCUAGUUGGCUAACAUUCAGCUUUAGUGUUUGAAUUUGCACGAAAACUGGACUCUGGGACAAGAAAGCAGGGAUUUCUAUGGGCUUCCACUACGUCGAACACUUGAAGACAUUUUUUUUUUUACGUUUCGUUAUGGCCAUGCUGGCUUUUCAUCUUGCAGUAGCUAGUUAGCUAGCUGCCUAGCUAAGGACCGACUCCCUGGCGCAGCAGAAAGCUGGACGUACGGCGCAGAAGGUCGGCCCCAGCUCCAACGCCAUGCCGCGGAUUGAAAAUGGGCCUUCCGUAGAGCGUACUUCAGGAAGCUAACGCUAGCUUGAUAUAGAAGGCCGCUUCAGAUGAUCAUAAUCAUUCCCAAGCGAGAUAAUUAUUUUAUUCACAAUACAAAGUCGAAGUGCACAUUUAGUUUUUUAACUAUUCACGGCUUUUUCUACCCGAACCCCAACGUCAGAGUUAGCUAACACCGGGUAAUCUGCUAAUUAGCCACGUAGCUCGUUAGUGUUAUGCAAACGCAACGGUAAAUAAAUGUUAAUGUUCGCUGUUCCUUACUGUGCGAAUGCAUAAACGUAUCUGCAAUUUACUGUAUUAUAGCGAACGGUUUGGAGUGGUUUAGCUACUAACUUUCUCAUUAAAAUGUUGUUCGUUAUUUGUAUUAUGCAGUGAUGCGCACUAGCUAGACAUAUUCGGAACAAUACAGAUAAUAUCGCUAUUAAUAUCACUUCAGACAUUCAUGCUAGCUUGUGAAAAAAUCUAUGCAAGCAUAUGAGAGAAAACAGGCAGUUGCUAGCUUUGAAUGACUUUUUCAGCUGGCACAGCUGCUCAGAGCCACAAAUGUAAACAAAUCUGACUGUGUGUAUUUUGUGGCUGGUUAUUUAAUUGCAGACUGUGACUAAAUAGCAUUUACAAGCCUAUGUUGUUAUCCUAACAUCAGUUACGCCUUAUGAAUCACUUGCUUUAAAUAUAUCUUCUAGGAAUUAGCUUGUACCCACACUACUCAAAAGAGCAUGGGUGUUGUUGACCCCCUGAAACAUAGCGAGACAUAUCAGCCAUUCAUUCAUGAUUGAUGACCUUUGAGAGUGCAGACUGUCCUGUAUCCACUUUCUACUAUCACCACUACAUCAGAAGCCUUGGUAGUUUAUAUUUAACCACUAAUGUAACCUAGAGAAAGAGAUACUGAUGGGAUUUAAGUGUUAGUUUUAAAGCACUUUCUUUUAAAUGGGAACAUGUGGAGCAUUGUGUCCCAUCUGAACCAGCUUCCAAGUGGCUCUGAGAUCUGAUCUAAGCACAACAGAGCUCCUUAUUGUGUGGACUGUAAACUGAGGAGGAAAGAGAUGAAGAUGAUGACGACAGUGAUGGGGAUGAUGAUAAAAGAGGCUCAGCGACAGUGUUGAUCCUGCAUCAGGAAGCAGAGGAGUGUCACAAGGCCACAGACAUGAGUCUCCGCCAGCCCACCUCUACACUGGACAGGCUCAGCAGUCUGACCAUCGGGGACUCGGAGCGCAAAUCCUCUGCCACCCAGCAGAGGGAGCCAGCGGUUGACUUCCCUGUUGAGAGUACAGGUCCUGGUCUUGUGCAGAGAUGUGUGGUGGUGCAGAAGGACCAGCUCGGCUUUGGAUUCACAGUAUGUGGAGAGAGAGUCAAGCUUGUGCAGAAUGUCCGAUCAGGGGGUGCAGCAGUGAAGGCGGGGGUCCAAGAAGGGGACAGAAUCAUAAAGGUGAACGGCUCACUGGUGUCCUCCAUGUCCCAUCAGGAGGUGGUGAAGCUCAUCAAAUCUGGAACGUACGUAGCCCUUACACUACAAGGACCGCCUCCUUCAGCUGCUUCUGUACCACUAGAGCCACUACCCACUGACCUCACACCCAAUCAGAGAACGUCUCUAGGUGGGGAAGCUCCGCCUCCUCCACCGCCACCAUUGCCCUCAGGACUGAGCAGCACCCCUUCCCAAAGAAUCACAGGACCCAAACCACUGCAGGACCCAGAAGUACAGAAACAUGCCACUCAGAUACUCAGGAAAAUGCUGGAGCAGGAAGAAGCUGAACUGCAGGAUUUACUGGAGGAGCAGUUGAAGAACCCGUCUCCAGCGCUGGAGGAGCGGAUUGAAAGUGCCAAGAGGAGAGCCAACCAAGUCAGGAUCAAGAUUCAGCAAGAUCUGGAGGGAACACGAUCAGACUCUACAACGAGCUAUGUCAUGGCAGGAGAAGGACGACUAUCAAUGGACUCAAGUGAAGGGGAUGUAGAGGCCUUUGAGAGUCCCCACACCUCCCCUUCAUCUUCCUUCAGGAUCCCCCAACACAGACGGCAGAGCUCUGAUUCGAGCGGGAAGGCUCACAUAAUUGGCCCCGAAGAAGAGGAUGAAGAAGAUGAUGGCUAUGCAUUAAAUGAGAUGGACGGCCCGUUUCAGGACAUCGAACUGCUGAAGUCACGGCCGGCACACAUGACCGUGUUUAUGAGAUACAUCUUCACACAGCUUCUAGAUCCCAACCCUCUGCUGUUUUACCUGUCGGUUGAGGCCUACCUGGGCUCCAGUCCUAAAGACGCACGCACACUUGCACCUCAGAUCUGCUCCCACUUCCUGGACCCUGAUGCUCCCCUGAAAAUCAAAGUACGAGAGGAGUAUCUCACAGAUAUAGAGAGUCGACUUCAUGCUCAGGAGGACAUCAGAGGGCCUCUGUCCGAGCUGCAGCAGCAGGUGCUGCCGGACAUCCAAGACCAGAUACAGGAUUAUAGGAACAAGCAGAUGAUGGGUCUGGGAUCUCUAUUUGGAGAGGGAGACCUGCAGCAGCUGGAUGGAGAUCCGAUGAAAGAGCGACAGGUGGUGGACAGACAGGUCACCGCCCUCUGGGAAAUACUGUCAAAGCACGAAGAGGACAGAAGUUCUCCUCUGGCGUCAGCCGUGCUCCUCUACCUGCGGCACUCAGGCAUCAAGCUGAGAGACUCCAAGGUUUUCCCCGGUCUGAGCACGGAGAAGGAGAAGUGGCUCGCUUUCCUAAAGACCAAAAAGCUGAGUGGUAUCAAGAAGGAUAAAGAUGGGGAGGAUAAAAAGAGGAAUCCCAUCCUGAAGUACAUCGGCAAACCCAGGACCACAUCCCAGUCCACAUUCCAUGUCCCGUUGUCACCCACCGAAGUCCGUCCCGGCAGUGUGAGGAACAUCAUCCAGCAGUUUGAGAACAACACAGAGACGGGAGAGGAGGGCGGGGAGGCUGGCGACGCCCAGAGGCUCUCCACCAGCAGCCUGGGAGAAGACAGCAUGGACAGCCCAACUGUGUCCGUGCGUCUGGCUCGCAGCGAGUCGCUAAAGGCUCAGGGAGAGGGCCGACGGCGGGGCGUCACGUCAGGAGCCGAGUCCGUCCCUCGCUCUCGAAGUGACGUAGACAUGGAGGACUGCGGGGAAGAGAGGGAGGGGCCGGGGCUCAGGCCGCUGCAGCACAGCGCCUCGUCUUCUGCAUCCAGCAGCUCUGCACGGUCUCUAGAGAACCCUACACCCCCAUACACCCCUCGCUCAAGACGCAGGAGUGUAGACUCACCGUUGGCUCUGCUGCCAGACGCUGCGGCGCUGGAGGAGGAGGUGUGUGACGGCCAGAACUGGCAGGAUACUGUUCCUCCUCAGCUCCUCAACGCACUCAGUCCAAGGGAGAUCGACAGACAGGCCGUCAUCUACGAGCUGUUCACCACUGAAGUGUCUCACCUGCGGACCUUGAGGGUUUUGGAUCAGGUCUUCUUCCAGAAGAUGAGGUCUGUGCUGAACUCUGAUGAGCUGGCCUGCAUCUUCCCCAACCUUCCCCAGGUGUACGAGCUACAUGCAAGUUUGUGUGAGGCAAUGAAGAAGCGACGAGAAACACCAAUCGUCCAGGAUAUUGGAGAUGUGAUGCUUGCGAGAUUUGAAGGUGCAGCUGGAGAUGAGUUUCAGGAACAGGCGUCUCAGCUGUGCAGUCAGCAGACUCAGGCUUUGGAGCUCAUCAAAAACAAAAAGCGCAAAGACCCCCGCUUUGCCCACAUCAUCCAGGAGUGUGAGGCGAGUCCUCACUGUCGCCGGCUACAGCUCAAAGACCUGCUGGUGUCGGAGAUGCAGAGACUCACAAAGUACCCUCUGCUGCUCGACAACAUCAUCAAACACACAGAGGCCGGCUCGUCAGACCUCCCCUCUCUUCAAAGCGCCCAGGCGUGUUGCCGAGGGAUACUGCAGGCGGUAAACGAGGUCGUCGGGGAAACGGAACAUCGGCAGCGCCUCAGCCAGUACCAACGAAGGCUGGAUGCUGCCCCUCAGUUUAAGAGUCUGGAUCUCACCACGAAGAGAAUGAUUCAUGAAGGUCCUCUCACGUGGAAAGUCAGCAAAGACAAGCAGAUAGAGAUCCAAGCGCUGCUUCUGUCAGACUGCCUCGUCCUCCUGCAGCGAGGCCCUGAUGACCGGCUGCAGCUCAGGUAUCCCUCCCGCUGGCUGAGCGGAGGCGGAGGAAGCAGCGGGGACAGCAAGACAUCCUUCAGCCCUCUGGUGAAGCUCGACUCUCUGCUGGUCCGUUCUGUAGCCACAGACAACAAAGCGCUUUACGUCAUCAGCACCACAGAGAGGCAGAUCUACGAGCUGGUGGCGGGGACGUCAUCAGAGAAAAACAACUGGAAAGGUUUACUUGAAAAGACCAUCUCAUCGGCUGGCGGGUCAUCACCACUUAUCAAUCACGGAUCCAUGCGGCUCUCUUCCCCCAGUCUAGGCAGCGCCUCUCCAGUCUCAACUGGGAGCAACGUCUUUGCAGAUAACUCGAUGACGGAGCAGUCCGAUUCUCUGGAGACUCACUCCUCAAACGAUAGCAUGGUGCUCUCCUCUGUCACACCAUCAAACCAAUCAGACAGAAACAGUGCUGGUGUGGCCGAGGCUGCUUUACAAGAUGUUGAAACACUUCGGCAGCUCAUCAUACGGGAUCUGGAAGAGGACGGCUGGAGCCACGAUUCAGACGACACGCCAACCAAUGAGACAGCCAACGAACGUAACUCCUUCACCGAAAGACAGCGGCCAGAGUCUCUGGAGACAGUCCUCAACUUCAGCACCAACGAAUGGGAGUCCGAGCCUGAAGUGGCUCCGCCUCCAGACGCAGAGCAGCCUAGUAUCCAAGUUGUGAGGAAAGCUGUGGUUGCGGGUCCUCCUCCUUCUUCUUCUUCCUCUGUCCCUGAUGACAUCACUGAUGAUGUCUCCGGCCAAUCAUCCAAGCUGAGAGGCGGGGCCACCACGCAGGGGAACACUUUCUACCUGGUCAUGCCUACGGACCAAGGUGAAAGCGUCACCGAUGACCCUGAGGACCCUCCAACCCCUGUCGCCACCAACUUCCCCCAGCCUCUGGAGGAAGGGAUGGCACCACAGGUACAGCCAGAGGAAAAGACACCUGUCUGUAGUUUGGAGGCUGACCAAUCAGAGGCUAUGCAACGGGAACAGGAAGAGGAAGAAACGGGACAACCACAGGCGGGGCACCAGAGCCAUGUGAUCAAAAAUGUGGAUGAGAUAUUCCACACAAUUGAGGGGUUGAUGAGCAAGUUACGACAGCUGAAGGAAAUAGAGAAGGCCCAUCACAAGCUUCUAAAAACCCUCAGAGAGCCGUCUAUCAAUCAGGAGUCAGAGGAGCAGCAAUGCCACUCUGCAAACGUUUCCAGGACACCGUCUCUGGACCGCGGCUCGAUAGGUGGGAAAGAGAGCAGCCCAGCUGAGCCCAAGAUUCAGUCAACAGGAUUCUGACAAGAGGAUUUUAUUUUCAGUCGCUUAAAUGGACGCACAUAAAUGUACCCGCUGUCAGACUGGGGCUCUCAGCCCUGCCUCCCCUCGCCCCUCCUCCCUGCAUGCACUGACCAGUGGAACAGAAGCCCAGGACGGACCAUGACUGUUUUGUUCAUUAUUUUGUUGUUAUAUAUUUUUUGGAGCUGGGCAGACUCACUGGGAUUUCGGAAGUCUGCAAACCCUCUGAUUCAUCCAGAGCAUGAAAGGUUAAGGAAGAAGCAUGAAGGAACAAAAAGGCAGAUGACAAGUUGACUGAUGAAGAGAGGAAGAAAAAGCAGGAAUUAUGGAAAGUGGAUAAAGUUGGAUAUUUGUGAAGGAAAAUCAUGUAUGUCUCACUGGUUUGACGGGGCGGAGCAGAAAAGUGUUGAAAUGUUAAUUUAAGGAAAAUCCAAGGGACCCAUCACCCCUGCACUUUACCCACAAUGCAUCCCUUUGUCAUGUACGUCCUCUUCAGUGGACGGAUCAGGGACUGGACGUGCCGCUCGCUUUACAUUUGAGCCAAGCUGGCCUCCGUGGGGUUUCCCUCCCCCUUCCGCCUCCACUGGUUGCUUUACACUGAGUUCACCUGCCACCACGGCCGAAAGACUGUGUUGUUAUAAUUCAGGUUUAUUUGCACUGGGUAAGGAAAUCAGUAUCACACACAAAAACACACACAUAUCAUUUAACCAACUCAUACUUUUAUAUCCCCUUGAGUUUUUGAUUGGGAACAGCCUCAUCGACAUCCUUAACCUACUUCUAAGCUACAUGACGACUGUUUUAAACGUUAGUGCUACAUUUUCAUCAUCACAUGCUUCAUUUUUGUUUGUUUUGGAAACACUACUGCGCUGUUUACUACUGAAAUGCUGGCAGGUUUUCUUUUCUGUUUUAUUUUAGUGCUGCUUCAGAGGCAAACAGGGAUUUCAAAGCUCAGUGGAUUCACACAGCUGAUCUGAUCAUGUCAAGUUUGGGGGGAUUUAGGAUGCUAAGGGGGAAAAAAUAAGUCCUGGAAAUUAGGAAAGAGGACUCAUACUUGAAUUUUUAUCAUUUAACACUUGUUGAAAUAGCUGCCAAAUAUCACCGCUGACAUCGCCGGUCUUCACUUUAAGGUCCGACUUUGCAUCUUUUAGCGGAUUGUGUGUAAAUAUCACAAUAAAUACUGUGAACCAGCAACUUCUCCCUUCUCCCAUACUGUGGUCGUACCAUACGCAGUGUUUUAAUCCAUGUAGCCAGCACCCAAAGGACUGUGCUCUUUACCAAGUAGCUUUCUACAGAGAGAAGCCUGUGUACUGGGAGAAAUGGAAAAGUAAACACAGAAGCCAAGCUGAUAAAUGACCGUUACUUUACUGAUCUGUGGUAGCAGCCGUAACAUGAGUUUAAAGGAGUAGUUUCUCAUUUUGGAAAAAUACACCUGUUAGCAAAGCUUGGUGCCACUUAGACAUGGUGCUACAUGCUGGUUAGCUUCGAUUAGCUUAGCUUCAAGUCUGGAAAAACUGGGGAAACAUCUAGCCUGGGCUUGUCUUAAGCCUGGUCUUUACUUCUGAGCCAAACCUACACUGUAGCAUGCAAAGUAGGUUUGCCUGCAUACCGCAGACAGCAAGCCUUGUGAUUGGUCUGCUGGGUAGCACCGCAGUGCAUGCUUCAACCUAUUCAGCAUCCAUGCUUUCUUUCUCUCUGAUGUCUCCUCUCUCUUCAACAAUCAACUGCCACUCGAUAUUUAUUAGUUCCACUUCCACAUGUGCUCGGUUUUAGCCUUGUAUGCAAACAAGCAGGGACAAAGAAUUAAACGUAGCAUAUAACAAGCAUAGACACCACACCGCCUACUAGCAUUUUGGCAGAGUAUUGCAGAGCUAUGGAGACACAACAAUGUAAAGUCAUAGCACCACAACAGCUUCUAUAGCCUUUUUACCAAAAGGUCACAGCUCUGUAGUUUAUGAAGUAUCUGCAGAUUUCCAACAGUCAUGCUUGGUCUGUAUACAUGAUCUUAAAAUAAUCAUUUUAACGGUAGACAUAUGGUCAUGUCUAUGCGUCCCAUGUGGGCCCCUAUCCCACAUGUCAUUGCCCUCUUUCUCUAUCUCUAACCACUGCCCCUUCAAGAUAAAGUAUAAAAGCCCCAAAAUAAAUCUUAAAGUUGAUUUAUUGUGAAAGUGCCUGCAAAACCAAGAUGAGUUAUCAAAGUAGAGCUAACACACCUUGAUUAUUCUGUUGGGAUGGUUUUACUCUAGUAUAUUUAAUAGGGAUGCACGAUAUUAGAUUUUUGCCUAUAUCUUAUAUGCCCAUAUUUAGAAAUUAAUUUUAGCCAGUACAGUUAUCAUUACUGAUUUUUAAAUGUAGUGAAGUUUUGGGGUGGAUAAAUGUAUACAUUUCAGUCUUUAAAACACAGUUUUAAGUGGAAUGAAUUAUGAAUAAAGAAAAGGGUAACACCUUAUUUUAAUGUGCCCUUUCUACCUAGUUAUUUUAUAGUAAUAAGUGGUAAUUAUCUGGUAAUUUCUUUAGAAUAAGGUGGUGAUUACUGAGUUAUAGGCUGGCAUUUUACCAAGUAAUACAGUGGUAAUAUUGACGAUGUAUUUAGAAAAACUUCAGAGAAAGACUUUGAAGUAAGUCUGUGUGUCCUGUCUGAAACUCUACUGACUUAUUUGUUCAUACGGCCAAUAUUUACAGCUGAUUUGGGUUGAUUUUCAUUGUUGUAAAUAUCAGCAAAAAUGUUCCUAUCUGCAGGUACUGAUACUUAACUUUAUAAACUAAAUAUCGCCCAUACAUGCCAUUAAUAUCGUGCAUCCCUAAUAUCUACACUUGAUUUGGCUUCAAACUGACCCAGGAGUUCUGAGCAUGAUCCACAGUUCCUUUGCAAGGCAAAGUGAACAGCAUAAAUGCAUGGAAGAAAGCAGGGAAAUACACAAGAUGAAGGUAUUAACAUGGUGAGUACUAAAGCAAGAAGCAUUAAUUUUUGUUGGAAUCUGCCAAGUAGUCUUUGUUCUCUCUGUUUGACAACUACUGUAGAUAGCCACGUCCUAAUUUAUUUGUCAGUCAAUUCCUACUUGACAUAAUAGGUGGACUAGAAAAUAGUCAAGUAGUGUCUAGCUAAAAUGGUACAUGCAGCCACCUGUCAUAAUGGAAUUGGACAUAGUUGAGUCUUAAAAAACAACUCUUCCCUCUUCCCAGGGUGCCUUUGUAUCAACAAAUCUCCAUAAAGUUGCAGCAUUAUGCUCAGAAAUAUUCCAACAUGUACAGAGCUAUUUUUCCAUAUUUGACUGUUCAACCAAGCGGAGUUGGUUUUAUUACCUUUUGACAGAACCGUGCUAGCUGUUUCCCCAAGUUUAGAUUAGUGUGCUAAGCUAAGCUAACCAGCUACAGCCUCCGUGCAUUAGCAAAACCGCUGUUUCCCCCCAAAAUGUCAUUCCUUUAUGUAAACAAAUGCAGAAACAGCUGAAUAUUUUUGAUGGUUUAGGCAAAUUUAACAAGCAAUGGCUGACACUAAAGCCAAGUGUUUACUUAACCACCACCCAAACUCUGGAACUACUUUCUAAUACACAGUAUAAAUAUCUAUUUGUAAAUAAUAGAUUUUAAAGGGAUAGUUUGGUAUUUUUGAGUGGGGUUGAAUGAGGUUCUUAAAGUGGAGUUCAAACUAGUGGAAGAAUAACGUCCUGUGAGGUUUUUUGUCUGAAAACUUGCUAAAUUACUUAAAGUAGGCAGCCCUGUCCGUAUAGCCAAGCUUCCAUGCCUGGUUUCUCCUUACAGGGGCCACAUUGGCUGAUGACUUGUAUGGUUAAUACUUUGACUUUUUACUAGAACCUUGUACAACCCUACUUCAAAAAUACAGAACUACCCCUUUAAACUCUCCCCAAGAAAAACGAGCCUUUUGGUGUACCAUUUUUUUAUGUUUUCUUCCUGUUUUUAAGCUUACGGGACUCAAACUGGACUGAAUCUUAUUUGAGUUGGUUUCAAAUACUAACAGAGGAAUGCUUUAUUGAAUCACAGACUUUUUACCAGCUUAAAAACUUGUUACACAACCUAACAGAACCAAACCAGGAUCCACGUUUACAUUCACACACUACAAGCUUCUCAUUCUACCACUAAAACUAAUAAAUUCACCAGUUAUUAUCUUUUACAAAUGAACAAAAAAAAGGAAACUCUGGAAUAAAAAGCUAUGUAUGGAUCUCUAGGAAAUGUGACUUUAGGUACUGAUACUGUAUGAACUUGAGGAAUUGGUGCAAAAAAUGGGAAAAAAUGUUCUACCAAAGUGAAAAUCUCUUCCUGUGGGGUUGAAGGGAACACUUUCUUUUUGUUUGUUUUUGUUUUUCCAUGAUAUGAUUUGCAAGCAUCUCAGACCAGAUGUUUUAAUCUACUGAAAGUGAGAUUUUGUGGUGUAUCACUCACAUUUAAAGACUAGUUUCUCUAUGAUUUGGCUCUCUAAAACCCUGAUGGUCUGAGUUGUUUGGAUCAGAAUCUCUUUUUUUUCCCUUCUCCUUCACUCCCUUCUCUAACUACAGCAUUUUCAUCUCCAAUUUCUACCUCUACACUUCAAUUUCUUUGUAUCUUCAACUUCUUUUUUUUGUACAUGAUUCUUGUACAUUGACAUCAGCGUUGUGGCCCUAACCGGCAGUUUUAAAAAAUAAAGCUCAAACUGAUUCCUUUUUUAAAAGAAAAGUUGCACAAACAAACUUCCCUGCACGGUGCAAACUACUGUAUGCAUACACACGUCUUUAACUAUCAUCUCAUUGUCUUUUAGUUUGUCUUUUUUUUUAAAAAAACAACAAAAAUCUUGUUCACUCAUGUAAUAUAGAGAUCAGACCCACUUGUUUUAUAUAUGUUAAUUUUUUUCUGUAAAGCCUUAGUCCUCGUAUUUGAUUUUAUUUUUGUAGAUAUGAUUUAAAAAAAAAGGAUGUAUAAAUUAUUUUCUUCUCCCUUGUUUUUAAAAUUGGUGAGAUUGUUUAGCUGCACAGAAGGAAAAAAGAGCUCAUGUCUCAGAUUCAUGUGUUUUGUGAGAUUAAAAAGAAA